AUGGCAAGAUUUGUCCACAUAUUACUCUUGCUAUUGCUUACGUGUUUGGCAACAACAACACCUGUCAUUGCCAAGACCGUAUCGGCAAUCAGAUCCAAUAAACCAAAGCUGGCAAAUGCCAAAAGAAUACGGAAUCAAAAGCUUGCUGUGAUCCAGGGUCCUCCAAAGCCUUCCGAGACGGCAUGGUUGUCAGGCCUCAAAAACAGUCUCGCCAGUUCUCUCGCGGCAGCCUCUUCCAAGAUCAUUUUGGCUCCAUUCGACACCAUCAAGACGCUGCAACAACAUUCCAGAUCAACAGUUGGAGAUCCUCUUUCUUUAAUCGAGGCUGCCCAAGUUGUAAUGAAGAGGCCUCGUGGGUUCUUGGAACUUUAUUCUGGUAUUGGGGUUGCUGUGGUAGGUUCGAUGCCCUCUGUUGCCUUGUAUUUUGGAAUUUAUUCGUUUUGCAAGAAGCGGUUUGCCAAGUUUGAUCCAAAUGAGAAACGUCGCGUGGCGUAUAUUGCCUUGUCGGCGGCCAUUGGAAAUACCAUUGCCUCGGCAUCACGGGUCCCUUACGAGGUCAUGAAACAAAAGUUACAAACGCAAGUAUAUGCCAACAUUGGAGAGGCGAUAAGGGAUAUGUCGCUUCGAACGUUAUUUCCAAUGGGGGGCAUUGCCAGUCAAAUGCUCCGAGAUAUCCCAUAUGCAGUAGUGACGCUAAUGACAUACGAGCACUUGAAGUCGGUAUGGAAACCAAGGGCACAAUCAAAGUAUCCUCAAGUUCCGCUUCGGUCCUGGGAUCUGCUGGUGGGCGGUCUCGCCGGGGGAAUUGGUUCCUACGUAACCAAUCCAUUUGAUGUGAUCAAGACGCGGCUACAGACAUCCAGCGAGCUGUAUGGCGGGUCGGUCCGAGCAUGCUUCUCAAUUACGCUGCAAGAAGGUGGAGCAGCUGCAUUCCUACGGGGGAGUGUUCCACGAUUGAUACACAAGGUACCCGCCAAUGCCUUCUUUUUCUUAUUUUACGAGUUCUUCCGAUCCGUUUUGGGUGUAGAUGAUGAUGUGGCCAUGGAAAAAUAG